AGGAGGAAACACCUUUUUUUUUUUUUCUGUUUUCCCUGCUUGAUUUUCCUCAGGAAAUCACAUGGAGGUGCAGAUGUACUCACAUGACAGUGUGAGCGAUGGACGGGGAGCUCAAUGAAGGAUCAGUGCCUCUGUAUUACAGGGAAGUGCAUCAAGCUGUCAGUAGUAGGACAGAUGAACGGGUGUCCGUCGAAGUCUUCCAAAGACUCCUCAACAGGACUGAUCUCUCGGUCACCAUCCAGAACCAGAUAACAGAGCAGGUAGAUCAUGGAGAUGGUUUUCUCAGUAAGGUGUCCCUCUAUAAAGCCCUGGCGCUGAUUGCCCUUGCUCAACAAGGCAAGCAACCGAGCCCCAAACUCUUGGAGAACUGUAUACAAGAGUUCCCUAAACCCCAGCUAGGAGACCCAAAGGAGCUGCAGGGCCUGAGAAUACAGCCAGCUCAGGAGAACCCUCUUCUCAUAUCUCUGUCCCUGGCCAACCUGCUGGGCAAGGACACCAUAAAGGUGGAGCUCAUCCCUGAGAAGAAAGGCCUGUUCCUCAAACAUGUGGAGUAUCAGGUCACCAGUGAGCGCUUCAAAAUUUCUGUGUAUCGGCGUUACAGCGACUUUGAUGUUUUCCAUGAGCUUUUGCUACAGAGGUAUGCCUACAGAAUGGUGCCUGCCCUACCACCCAAAAGAGUGCUUAAAGGAGUACUGAAGUCCAUGUCCGAGAGAGAGUUCAUCGAAGGACGACGGCGUGGUUUGGGCAGAUUUUUGAACCUUGUAGCGAGACAUCCCUUUUUCUCAGAGGACGAGCUUAUUAAAAUAUUCCUCACAUUCAGUGGCUCGGACGUCCAAAUAAAGCUACGUGAUGCUUUCAGGAAAAUGGGAGACGAGUUUAUGACCUAUACAUAUGCAACACAAGCAAAGGAAUACCUCCCUUCGGAUAUCCAGGCCUUGUUUACUACAUGCCGAGAGCUGAUCAGAAACAUCCACAACAGUUUUCAGAAACUGCGGGACCGAGCAGAGAGAAUGGCUGAGCAUUCAAAGGAGAAAUCCGCAGAUCUGCUCAUAUUUGGGAAGGAGCUUAGUACAUUGGGUUGUGACCCCUCACCUGUGCCUGUCCUUGACUCCUCUAAGAACAUGUGGGCUGAUUUGAGACUCUCUUUCCACGGCCUUUCCUCCGAAUUCUCCCUGUUAUCAGACAAAGCUGCCCAACAGGGAAAAAGAGAAGAGGAUGAUGUGGUGGAAAAACUGAAUUUCUUCCUGGAUUUGCUGCAGUCAUACAGGGACUUGUGCGAGCGUCACGAGAAGGGCGUCCUGCACGAGCACCAGAAAGCCCUUCAGAAGUACAGUGUGAUGAAGAGACAGAUGAUGAGUGCAGCUGUGCAGCCAAAAGAACAGGUGUCUGUGGAGCAGCUGGAGUCCCGCAUCAUCCAGCAGGAGAAUGCAAUCCAGAUAAUGGAGCUACGGAACUACUUUUCCCUGUUCUGUGUGCAUCAAGAAAGCCAGCUCAUCUUUGCCUACCUCCCCAUCACCUCACACAUCCUAGGGGCCUUCAUCAAUUCACAAGUGCAGAGUCACAGAGAGAUGGGCCAAGUUUGGAACAAUCUUCACUCCAAGCUCAGUGGACUUUUUGUAGACAGGAAUGGAUGUCAGUCUCCUCCUCUUACGCCAAAAUAGCCUAGAUACGGUGCUUCGAGAAGGUUGAAAUGGGAAUGCUGGGCUGCCAGAAUCACUUCAGGCAAUUUCCUUUCCCACAAAACACUACCAUGCAUGAUGGUAAACUUGCAAUUUCUCUUUGUUACUUUGUGCUCAUUGCUAUGCAGAAUCUCACUGAUUGUUUAUUCCCAGCGCUUCAUGCUGAGCUUGAAGGCACAAAGAUAUUUUAUAUGAAACUACUUUACUAUCUUAAAUGAAAAGGUUUUUUUUUUUCCCCCUCUCUCUUUUUGAAUUAUUUAGUCCUGUAUGCUAUAGAGGCCAUUCUUAAGCUUAGGAUGUAAUUUUAAGAAUGAUGCUUCCUUUUGUACAGAAUCCUAAAGAACAUUUUGUAUAACACGUUUACAGCCAAAGGAUGGCAGUAUUGCUGCAAACAAAGUGUUGGUUAUGUAGGUUAAUCCUCCAUGUAGUGUAUAACUGCAAAACUUUUGGAGAAAAAAAAGAGUAAUAGUGGCAUAGUGUCGGGAUUACUAUCGUAAUCCUUUCCUUGCUGAACAAGCCACAGCUUUGACUGACUAGCUAUUUUUUUUUUCUUCUCAUAGUUGCAAAGUCUGAGCCCAAAUCUAGAGCAUGUGUACUCAAUGGUAGGCAUUAGAGGAACUGAUGAUAUAUAAAAUACUUUUGUAGUAAAUUCCUAGAUUAGUACAUCUCAGGUGAAAAUAUGAAGUAAAAUGAAUGAAAAAGGUUGAUAUUAACUGCUUACUGAGCGCGAGGUCUUGACAGUAUGGACUGAGCCGUAUGCUUGUCUGAUAUUUUCCCAUAAAGACUAGGGCUGCAAUGAUUCACCGCAGUGCACUGAAAAUCGAGUUCAUACCUGCCGUACCGAUUAUCGAUCCACGUAGCUGUAUUUUUGGUUCAAUUCAGCGACAUUUUUUAUUUCAAUUUUUACUGAUUUAUAAACGCACUUUUACUGCGUAACUAUUAUACUGUACUUACAUUGUUAAAUCGACGCGAGAAAGCAAUCAGCCGGAAUAGAGCACAGCUUUGCUUCUAAAUAAAACGUGCAAUUUGAUUGGACAAGAGCAAGGACCCAAACCAGAGUAGCCGACACUUUACAUGGCAACGCUGUUGCUGGGCACCAAAAUGGCAGAAGCCAAGCUUAAAGAUCCUUCGUCUCAUCUUGAAUCGAAAGUUUGGCUACAUUUUGGGUUUCGAGAAGACACGAAGGACAUUGCAACGUGCCGCACACGUUAUGUUGAUGUGAAGUAUAAGGAAGGGUCGACUACAAACCUCGCAAAUCAUUUAAGGUGAAAACACAACACGGAUGUAAACGAAGCAAGUGCCGCCGAAUUGAAAACUGAAAGUGUUACGAAAGUAGUAAAACCCGGUACGCGGGGACAGUUAAAACCGACUGAUGUGAUUUACUUUGGCUCUAAACUCUAAGAGGUAAAGUUACAAAACAGUUUUGCAUGUUGUGGAGUUACUACUGUUACUUGUACUGGUGUGCUGAUUGAAUGUUAUGAAUAUGCAUAAAUAUUAAAUAACUCUCUUUGAAGAGGAAGGUGUUUGUGAGUGACAUACUCACUGCUCUGUGCUCAGGAAUUCAUCAAUUCAAGUUGCCAAAAUAUCCUUCUCAUCUCAUCUCAUUAUCUCUAGCCGCUUUAUCCUUCUACAGGGUCGCAGGCAAGCUGGAGCCUAUCCCAGCUGACUACGGGCGAAAGGCGGAGUACACCCUGGACAAGUCGCCAGGUCAUCACAGGGCUGACACAUAGACACAGACAACCAUUCACACUCACAUUCACACCUACGGUCAAUUUAGA